AUGAAUCCCAAGCUUUAUCAGCUCCUGGUCGGGCUGUUCGCAUCGCUGGGAUCAGUUCUUUUCGGCUAUGACCUCGGCGUCAUUGGAGGAGUGUUAGCGGCCGACUCCUUCAAGAAUUACUUCAAUAAUCCUACCAAGAAUGAAAUCGGUGCCGUUGUCUCAGUCUUUACAGGCGGCGCGUUCUUUGUCGCUGCCUUCGCUGGACCAAGCGGAGACUACUUUGGUCGACGACUUACCAUCAUGAUGGGUGCAAUUAUUUUCAUCUUCGGCAGCGCACUCCAGACCGGUGCACAGAACUUGGGCUUCCUCUACUCUGGACGAGCUAUUGCAGGCAUCGGUGUCGGGUUUUUGGUGAUGAUCGUUCCUCUCUACCAGGCAGAGAUAUCGCAUCCAACGACCCGUGGACGUUUGACGGGUUUGCAGCAGUUCAUGAUUGGCAAUGGCGCCAUAGUCGCAGUGUACUGCACUUAUGGGACCAACAAGAACCUGGGAGAGUUUGAUAACAACGUGUGGCGCAUUCCACUGGGGAUGCAGAUGGUCCCUGCUGGGAUUCUCGCUCUGUUAAUUCUCCUCUUUCCCGAAUCUCCGCGCUGGCUCCUGGACCACGGUAAAUCCGAAGAGGCGCUUGCAACCUUGGCCCGACUCCAUUCUCGCGGUAACGCCAACGAUGCUUUCGUCCAGGCAGAAUUCCAGCAACUCACGGAACAAAUUCAAGACGAACGUCGGAACGGCGUUUCUGGCUACAAAGACCUUUUGACCAAUAAGGCCAGUCUUCGACGCCUAAUCCUGGUAACCGCAAUCCAAGCAUCCGUGCAGAUGAUGGGCGUUGUUCGCGCCAUGCAGUAUUUCCUACCAGACAUUUAUGCCGCCUUGAAUGUCGGUACCAAUGAUGCGCUGAAGUAUCAGGGCAUUGGGUACGCAGUUUCGAUCGUCGCGCAACUGUGCACCAUUCUGUUCAUCGAUAGGAUUGGUCGCCGCUGGCCUAUGAUCAUUGGAAAUCUGGCCUGCUCGCUGUGCUUCGUCGUCAUCGCAGCUGUCAUUGCACGCUUCUUUUCCGUGAGUCAAGGCACCCAAAAGUCACUCCUCUGGCUCUUCAUCGUCUUCAACUGGGUCUUUCAAUUCGCCUUCUCUUUCACCUGCGGCUCUCUGUCAUGGAUCAUCCCAUCGGAAGUAUUCGAUACUCGCACCAGAUCCAAAGGCGUCUCGAUUGGUGUCAUGGUCUCGUUCGCUUUCAAUACCAUGAUUGGCCAGAUCACAGCGCCUACCAUUGAGUCGCAAGGUUGGCGUUACUUCUUGCUCUUCGUCAUUUGCAAUGUCACCAACGCCAUCUUCUUUUGGGCUUUCCUUCCAGAGACCACUCGCCGGCCUCUAGAGGGGAUGAACUAUCUAUUCAGUUCUACUAGUUGGUUUGUUCCAGGUACCAAAUCUCGAAGCAUCCCAUCCGAGUUGCUGGAACGAUCAGAGGAGCUGGAAGCAAAGCGCGCUGCGGUGCGAAUGGAGGACGCGACACAAUAA